CACUCCUCCUCCCUCUCCCACCCCCUCUGCCGACUUCCAGCCCAAACUUUACUCCUCUCGCAACAUGGGAGGCAACAUCACCUAGCGCCGAGCCGCGGCAGCCUGCGCGGCGGGGACCGAGGAGCUGAACUUGCGGCAACCGCCGGCCCCCGCCUCUGCCCCGCGUUGGCUCCCGCGCGCCGCUAUGGGCACCGCGGACGGGCCGCGCCGCCGGGCGCCGCGCAGCCCGCGCUAGGCUGCGGAGCGGGGCGCACUCCGCCGGCACCAUGAUCGCGGCGGCGGGCAGCAAGGCUCCGGCACCAGAGCCCCGGGCGCCGGGGGUGGCGGAGGGCAGCGCGGCGCGGGAGCUCUCCCCGCGGAAGAGGCCGCCGGCCGCCGCCGAGGAGGAGCGCUGCGCCAGCCGGCCGCCGCCCGAGGGCGCGGGGGCCUCCGCGGGCGCCGAGCCGCGCCACCUGGAGCGGGCCGCGGCCGGCGGCUGGUGCCGCAGCUGCCAGGCCAAGCUGGGCGAGCUGCGGAGGCAGGCGGCGCGGCUGGCCGCCGCCGGCUGCGCGCCCGACGCCCUGCCGGACCCGCGAUUAUCAGCUUUAAUUUUUGACAAGCUUCAAGUGCCUGACUAUUUACAGAAAAACAGGAAUGAAGGAGAGAGCAGAUGUGAAACUUGUGCCACUCACUUGAACCAGCUGAAGCAGGAAGCCAUUCAGAUGGUCCAAGGCAGCCACCCCGACAUGCCCGACCUGCCACCGGCCGCCACCGCCGUGACCAGCAUGAUGCCCCGCAUGGUCGCCAUCUCUUCCCAGAGAGACCUUCCGCUCGUUGCUGGGCCAGUGGGCAGACAGUCUGGAAAAUCGCCAAAUCUCUUCUCUGGGACAGAGAGAAAGAAGGGACUUGGUUGGCCUCAAGGUGCAGGCAAUUUUCCAAACUCCAGCGUUCAAGUCACGGUGGCCCCCAGCGGUCUCAGCGGUGCUCUGAGCUCCGUGACCAUCCAAGCUCAGCAGUACCUUGAGGGCAUGUGGAGUAUCUCCAGGGUGAACAGCUUCCUGCCUCAGACUUGUCUAGCAGAAACAGCACCAGAAAGUGGUCGGGAUGGUCCUAAUGUGCAAGUCACCUCAGGGCAGAACAACUUGGACCCAGCCGGGACAGGCAGCUCGCAGAGUUUGGUUGCUCCUGCUGGGGUCUCCGCAGGUACCUCAGCUGCCGCUUCGUUCUUCAUAAGAGCAGCACAGAAGCUUAACCUGUCUUCCAAGAGAAAGAAAUACCAUCCUCCCCUGCCGCACACACAUGACUUCUCCGUCUAUGGCUCUAACUUCAGUGGCAUCCUGCAGCUCUGCCCUCCCCCAGCACCACCAUGCCUUCUAAGAGCUGUGUCCAAAAUCAAGGACAACCCUGGCAUUGGAAAGGUGAAGGUGAUGGUAAGGAUUUGUCCCUCUCAAGGAGCACAUGAAACAUCUGAAUCCAUGUCCUUCCUAAAGGUAGAUCCACGAAAAAAGCAAAUCACGCUUUACGAUCCAGCUACAAGUGGGCCUUCCAAUGUAGGUCACAGGAGAGGCGUUGUUGCUGUCCCAAAGAUGUUUGCCUUUGAUGCAGUGUUCCCCCAGGAUGCUUCACAGGCGGAGGUAUGCUCUGGAACAGUAGCAGAAGUAAUCCAGUCUGUUGUGAAUGGUGCAGAUGGUUGCAUAUUUUGCUUUGGUCAUGUCAAGCUUGGAAAAUCUUACACCAUGAUUGGGAAAGAUAGUUCCACACAAAGCCUUGGUAUCAUCCCUUGUGCAAUUUCUUGGCUCUUCAAAUUAAUCAAUGAACGUAAAGAAAAAACUGGGACUCGUUUCUCUAUUAGAGUAUCUGCUGUGGAGAUCAGUGGCAAAGAUGAAAACCUUAAGGAUUUGUUAGCUGAAGUAGCCACUGGCAGCCUUCAGGAUGGCCAGUCUCCCGGGGUUUAUCUGAGAGAAGAUCCAAUAUGUGGAACCCAGCUCCAAAACCAAAGUGAGCUAAGAGCUCCGACAGCAGAGAAAGCUGCCUUUUUCCUUGAUGCUGCAAUUGCUGCCAGAAGUACCAGCAAACCUGAAUGCGAGGAAGAAGAUAGGAGGAAUUCUCAUAUGCUCUUCACUCUUCACAUAUACCAGUAUCGCAUGGAGAAAAGUGGCAAAGGAGGAAUGUCUGGAGGACGCAGCCGCUUGCAUCUCAUUGAUCUAGGGAGCUGUGAAAAAGUGCUGAGCAAGACCCGGGAUGGAGGAGGCUCUCUGUGUUUGUCUCUCUCUGCCCUGGGCAAUGUAAUUUUGGCCUUAAUUAAUGGUGCUAAGCAUGUGCCAUAUAAGGACAACAAGUUGACAAUGUUGUUGAGGGAGUCACUUGGGAACAUCAACUGCAGAACAACCAUGAUUGCACAUAUUUCUGACUCCCCAGCCAAUUAUGCAGAAACUCUCACAACUAUUCAGCUUGCAUCACGAAUCCACCGAAUGAGGAAGAAGAAAUCCAAGUAUGCAUCCAGCUCAUCUGGAGGAGAGAGUUCAUGUGAAGAAGGACAUGUCCGGAGACCGCCCCAUUUGCGACCAUUCCAUCCACGAACUGUUGCCCUUGACCCUGACCUUCCUGUCCUGAGCAUAUCUAGUGAUCCUGAUUAUUCCUCCAGCAGUGAACAGUCUUGUGAUACUGUCAUUUAUGUCGGUCCCAAUGGUGCAGCUUUGUCUGACAGGGAAUUGACAGAUAAUGAAGGUCCUCCAGAAUUUGUUCCCAUAAUCCCAUCCCUAAACAAGAAGAGAAGUAAAGACAAUUCUGCUAUUGGUAGAAGUUCUGACAAGGAUCAUUUUAAAUGCAACACUUUUGCUGAAUUGCAAGAAAGGUUAGAGUGCAUUGACGGAAGUGAGGAACCCAUCAAAUUUGCUUGUGGAGAAAACUCUGUUGCAUCCAAUUGUAAUCCAGUCCCUGGAGGUACAGAAAAUGCACAGUCUAAACUGAUAAAGGAGAAGAUAUCUUCUCCUUCUGCAGGAUUUAAGAAAACGGUUCCACCAGAUAGUGCAUCUCCAAAAAAAGGAUAUAAUCUUCAUUUCCAGGCUGUUACGCCAAGGGGUGGCAAUUGUCAUGAAAAGAGCAUCCCUCACUUCAAAACAGAGCAUUCCAAGCAGCAGAGCAAAGCUGAUGGCAAAAUAAUAGACUCAGUACUGGAGGGAGAAAGAGAAAGAGAGACAAUCACAGAGUCUCCGAAGUCUUCAAGGUGUAGCCCUUCAAGGAAUCAGGAGCAGAGUAAAGCCACAGUUGAACCUGUCAUUAAAGAAAAGUCCUUGUAUGUGAAGAGACCAUUGCCAAGCCCAGCACCUCCACCUCCACAGCAGAAAGAACAGGUGUCAAGCUGCAAGGCUGAGAGUUUGGAGUUGGACAAUAGCAAUGCAGUUCGGACUCCUCCUGUGGGAAUGAGCAAGCAGAUGGCUAACAAACCUGAGCAAAGCCCAAUAGGAAGCACAUUUCUGGUUGGUAGCAACACCCAGAAUCAUUCGGGUGCUAUAGAGGUACACAGCUUCCGGUCAGCAUUCAGAGGUAAAUGCUUUGAUCGGGAUAUAUUAACCACCACGGUGACUUUGCAGCAGCCUGUUGAGCUGAAUGGAGAGGAUGAGCUUGUUUUCACAGUGGUGGAAGAACUAUCCAUUAGUGGGAUUUUGGAUAAUGGAAGACCUUCCAGUAUCAUUAGCUUUAACAGCGACUGCUCACUUCAGGCCCUUGCAUCAGGUUCCAGGCCAGUUAGUAUUAUCAGCAGCAUAAAUGAUGAGUUUGAUGCUUAUACCUCACAGGAAGGUUCUACUGGUGUAAAUAUUGAUAUUGUUGUGCCCUUUGCUAAGGAUCCCUUUACCAGCAGCAGACGUUCCUCCAUCAGUUCAUGGCUUAGCGAAGUCAGCAUCUGUACAAUUGAAAGUGAUGGAGCACAUUCUAGUGACAGUUUCGUUGCACAGUCGUCUUACAGCUGUAGUAAAUCUGAGGAACCCUUCAAUUUGGAUUCACCUAAUGUACCCAUACCACUGAAAAGUGCUCUGCAUGACAGUGGUUUUUGCUUCUCUGAGCUGGAGAGUGAGAGCAUGAAUUCCAGCAAGCUGUCCUCAGGCAUCAGCAAAAGCCCCCAAACCCCAGAAACUACCAAAGCAUCUCAGAUAAAAAGUGCUUUUUGUGUCACUGAUCAGCCCAUAAAAAUAAAAUCUAUUAAUUCUCGAGAUACACCUGUGAUAGAAACCAUACAUUCUAGUCUUCCUAGGAAAACAAAAACUACCUCGUCUGCAAUCCACCAUAACGCUGUACUCAGCUAUAAAGAGCUGCAGAGUCCACAUUGUAUAUUUGAAGAUCCCUGGCUCUUGCGCACGGAUAAUCAGUUGGAAACAAACCCUGCAGCCUCUCCAAAAUCUCACACAUUUGGUACUGAUAAGCAGCCAGGAAAAGCUGCCCAGUAUUUCAAUACGUCAUCCAGGCCAACUAAGUCACAGACUAUGCUUGCCUGUUCUCAGAGAGUUGUGGAUGGUUGUGAAAUGGCCUGCAAAUCUUCCAGCAGUGCUGCAAAGAAGUCAGAAGCUGUGAUGAAGAUGCCACAGCUGAAGAGAGGAGCCACUACGCUAGGCGUGGUGCCAGUAUCGCACACUAACAGUACUUUGUCAGAGGCUGUGACCAGAGGGAAUUUGGAUGCUCCCUUGGCUGCUGGCAGCUUGAAAUCGUCAUUAGGAAAGAAAAGCGUGCCCCAGAAGUCAAGUAUGUUACCUAGGCCAGGUGGACCAACACCUCCAACACCUCCUGUACGCAAAUCGAGCCUGGAACAGAAACCUGUUGGUCUGGGAAAUGGUGGGGGAAAAGCUGCUAGCCUGGACUUUGCCAGAGCUGCCAUGCCAAAGGCUGAAGAAGAAGCAGAUUUGCGGUCAAAAGCUGGAUCUUGUGUUAGUGAAAGUGCCAGCAGUAGAAUGAACCUGAAGGGCGACCACUCUUUGCCUAAGAUGACAUCAAGUUUGAAGACGAAGGCAUCAAAGAGUGAAGCUGUCCACCGUUACGGCAGUCACAUGUCCCUUGAAAGGUGCGACAGCCUGACAUCGGUAGGCUCCAAAGUAAACGUGGCAAGGGAAAACGCGAGUGCUAAUAACAGCAGGGCAGGGCGCUCCGUCCCGAGGCUGGGCGUCCCUCCUGUUGCUUCUAGUGUGACUUUACCGCAGUCCUUUGCUGCCUCUGUGCCUUGCAAAAACAGCCAGGCAAAAAGCACAACUAGCCAGAAGGUCCAAGCCAACGGAAAUAAAAGCCGGAGCCUCUCCGCCAGCGGCUCCAAGUCUCUCAGUUCCUCUGUGAAGUCCCUAGCGCAGCCCGUCGGGAAGAGCUCCGGCGCGGCCCCGAGCGGCAAGGCGGCCCCCCGCGCCGUGCAGGCGGUCGGCAGCAAACCCGGCAGGGGAACCAUUAUGGGGACCAAGCAGGCCAUGAGGGCGGCCAACAGCCGCGUCAACGAGCUCGUGUCGGGCGGCUCGGCCAAGAUGGGGCAUUUCCGAGGCUCCACCGACUCGGACAGCGGCAACGACAGUGGCAUCAACCUCAGCGACGAGAAGUCGCAGGUCCCAGUGCUGCCGUCCCCUUACAGCAAGAUAACGGCUCCCCGGAGGCCGCAGCGGUACAGCAGCGGCCACGGCAGCGACAACAGCAGCGUUUUGAGCGGGGAACUGCCGCCGGCCAUGGGGAGGACAGCGCUUUUCUACCACAGCGGGGGCAGCAGCGGCUAUGAAAGCAUGAUUCGGGACAGCGAGGCGACGGGCAGCGCCUCCUCGGCGCACGACUCCAUGAGCGAGAGCGGCAUGUCGUCGCCGGGCCGCAUGAGGAGCCUGAAGUCCCCCAAGAAGAGGUCAACAGGUCUCCAGCGUCGUAGACUGAUUCCUGCUCCAUUGCCGGAUGCUGCCUCCCUAGGAAGAAAACCCAGUGUCACUGGCCAAUGGGUUGAUCUACCACCUUUGCCAGGCACUUUAAAAGAGCCAUUUGAAAUUAAAGUUUAUGAGAUUGAUGAUGUGGAAAGAUUACAGCGACACAGACAAGAGGAAACUGAGGGUCUAAUGUAUUUCCAUACGAAGCUGAAGAUGCUAGAAAGACGCCAGCAACGAAUCAGAGAAGUAAAAGCAAAGCAUGAAUUUUUGAAGGAAGAGUUGGAAGAGACAAAGUGCAGGUUGAUGAUGGAUCCAGAUAAGUGGAAAGAAGACUUUGAAGUGGAUCCUGACCUUGAUAAGGAGUCACAGGAAUACCUGGAGGCACUGGAACAAGUGACAGAGGAACUGGAGCAGUGUGUUAAUCUGUGCAAGUCACAUAUCAUGAUAGUGACGUGUUUUGAUAUUGGAAUGAUAACAGAUGCGCAAGAUGGAGUAAGGGAAGUGGAGGUUUGAAGAGAGAUUUUCAAAGGACUGAAGGAAGUGAAGCUGAAUCGUAUGACACGAAGAAGAAAAGAGAAUGGGGAGCUAGGAAGUGAAGGAGGAAAUGUGAAGACUAAAAAGCAACAUGAAUGUUGUAGAAGAAUGAAACAGCUGAGGAAUGGGAAUGUCCAUAAAUCAUUUGGUGCCUCAACGUGACCUGAACUGUACAAAGAUAAAAGGAACAAAUGUUGCUUCUACCAGAGGGAAGAAAUUUAGUGCAAACCAAGACUUUAAAAAACAAACAAACAAACAAACAAUGGAAGUGCCUUUAAAGUUCAUUUGAUUUUCUUUUUUGUAUUUGGUGCUAGAAUUAAAGCCAGCAAACCUAAGCAGACCACAAAACGUAUUCCUAUGAAAUAUUUUAUACUGUAUAGUGUAUUUAUGACUAUAUGUAAAAAACAAACAACAUUGUAGCAAAAGCAAUAAGUAAAUUAUGUUUUCAUACCUGAACUUGCCUUCUUGUUUCAUAGAAAAGCUGUUUUAUGUAGCAGAAUUAAAAUUGUAUUAUAAUUGUUUUCUUGGUUAGGAUUCAAGAUAUUUUUAUGAACAUUUAUCUAUUGAAAAGUUGUAUUAUGGCAUUUUGAGAUGAUUCUUUUACAUUCAAGUUUUGUAUUAUUGCUUUUUCAGAUCAAAAUAAAUGUUUGUUUUCCAUUUUAUAUAUACAUAUAUAGAUAUAUAUUAACUGCUUACCUACUUCCUUGGUUUCUAACCUCACUUAUCACGGACUUGGUCUUUUUGGAGUCGUUAACUUGAUGUGAGGAAGUCUACAAAGGGCACUGUGGUUUGGUUUUUUUUUGUUUUUUGUUUUUUUUUUCCCUCUCUGACUGCAGGAAUUGAGAAUUAUGUUUAUUACCAAAACCAUAAAACAAGCAAAAAAAGAAACAAAAAGUUUUUGUAAAUGUUAAGUUAGGUUCAUAUUUUUAUAUAGUUUUGUCUAUAAAUAUAACAUUUGCAUUUUGAACUUUUAAGACAAAUAGUAUAUCUUUUUACAGUUUUUCUAAGGAAGGCAAACCCUCAGGAUCAAGUUUAUACAUGCUGCAUGAGAUUUGUGCUUUUUUGAAGGAGGCCACUUAAGUGUGGAACUAUUGAUAAAUUGUUGCCAAACGAAUACUUUUGAAAAGGUUUAAUAGUGUAUGUAAUACCACAUUUCAUAAUGAAUCAUAUUUUCUGAUCAUCUUCCUUUUUAUGGUUUUUUCAAAUCCUUUGUACAAAUAUGUAUUAUAACAGCUUGCUUCAGUUUUUAUCUGUGAAUAAAAGAUACAUCUAUUGUUAUGA